CUGGAGGAGACGGUGGCUUCGCUCCUACGCGGAUUGUUGAAAAUAACUUGCCUUUGAUAACGCCUUUGGUUAAGACACUUUCCCUCUUUUCUUUCUUUUUUUUCCCCCCCUUCACAUUACGACACCUUUCGUCUUGCUACACAGAGACCUAAAGGGCAAGGAAAUAAAGGUGGGAAAACAUGAUGCACAGAUCUGUUGACUUUCCUAACUUGAUGUAGUCAGACCAGAGCAAAGAAUCUCCUGGCUCCUAAGGCCCAUGUUCUAUCUUGAUUUGACUCUGCUUCAUAGAGCAGAGGAAACAGGCGAAGAAUCAUUUUCAGUACAAAACGGUUCCAUUCAUCAAAAAGAUGCUGUAAAUGAUGAUGAUUUUGAGCCAUACUUAAGUAGCCAGACAAAUCAGGGGCUUAGAAGAUUGGUUAUUUGGCAUUCCACAGAGGUGCUUCAGAGUAACAGCUAUCCACCAAUGUCAGAUCCAUACAUGCCUAGUUACUAUGCUCCAUCCAUUGGAUUUCCAUAUUCUCUUGGGGAAGCAGCAUGGUCCACAGCUGGAGACCAACCUAUGCCAUAUCUGACAACUUAUGGACAAAUGAGUAAUGGAGAACAUCAUUAUAUACCAGAUGGUGUGUUUAGUCAACCUGGGGCAUUAGGAAAUACCCCUCCAUUUCUUGGUCAGCAUGGAUUUAACUUUUUUCCUGGUAAUGCUGAUUUCUCUACAUGGGGGACAAGUGGAUCUCAGGGACAAUCAACGCAAAGUUCUGCUUAUAGUAGCAGUUAUGGCUAUCCACCUAGUUCUCUUGGGAGAGCUAUUACUGAUGGACAGGCUGGAUUUGGCAAUGAUACUUUGAGUAAGGUGCCUGGCAUUAGCAGUAUUGAGCAAGGCAUGACGGGACUGAAAAUUGGUGGUGACCUGACAGCUGCAGUGACAAAAACUGUAGGUACAGCCUUGAGCAGCAGUGGUAUGACUAGCAUUGCAACCAAUAGUAUGCCCCCAGUUAGCAGUGCAGCACCUAAACCAACCUCCUGGGCCGCCAUUGCCAGAAAGCCUGCCAAACCUCAACCGAAACUUAAACCCAAGGGCAAUGUAGGAAUUGGAGGUUCUGCUGUGCCACCACCUCCUAUAAAACACAACAUGAAUAUUGGAACUUGGGAUGAAAAGGGGUCCGUGGUAAAGGCACCACCAACCCAACCAGUUCUGCCUCCUCAAACUAUAAUUCAGCAGCCUCAGCCAUUAAUUCAACCACCACCAUUGGUGCAAAGCCAACUGCCUCAACAGCAGCCUCAGCCACCACAACCACAGCAGCAACAAGGACCUCAGCCACAGGCUCAGCCUCACCAAGUGCAGCCCCAACAGCAACAACUGCAGAACCGUUGGGUAGCUCCUCGGAAUAGGGGAGGUGGCUUCAACCAGAACAAUGGAGCGGGCGGUGAAAACUUUGGUUUAGGUGUUGUUCCUGUCAGUGCUUCACCUUCUAGUGUAGAAGUGCAUCCAGUGCUGGAAAAGCUAAAGGCCAUAAACAACUAUAAUCCCAAAGACUUUGACUGGAACCUGAAAAAUGGACGAGUGUUUAUAAUUAAAAGCUAUUCUGAGGAUGACAUUCACCGUUCCAUUAAGUACUCUAUCUGGUGUAGUACUGAGCAUGGUAAUAAGCGUUUGGAUGCAGCUUACCGUUCCCUGAAUGGGAAAGGCCCACUCUAUUUACUCUUCAGUGUGAAUGGCAGUGGACAUUUUUGUGGAGUGGCUGAAAUGAAGUCUGUUGUGGACUAUAAUGCAUAUGCUGGUGUCUGGUCUCAGGAUAAGUGGAAGGGCAAAUUUGAAGUUAAGUGGAUCUUUGUCAAAGAUGUUCCCAAUAACCAAUUACGGCAUAUUCGCUUAGAAAAUAAUGACAACAAACCAGUUACCAAUUCAAGGGACACUCAAGAGGUACCCCUAGAAAAAGCUAAGCAAGUGCUUAAAAUAAUUGCUACCUUCAAGCAUACCACCUCAAUCUUUGAUGACUUUGCACAUUAUGAAAAGCGUCAAGAAGAGGAGGAAGCCAUGCGUAGGAUGUGGAAAUGGGAAAGGCAUGGUGAAGUUGACUUUACCAAUUAAGCAAUUCAUCAGCCUGUGAAGAGUAAGAAGGUAGAGCCAGUACAGUGGAUAUGCAGGAGAGAAAUAGAAACAAACAAUAACCAUAUGAAGAUGUCCUCUUAGAAUUACAACACUAAUGAUGUAGACUCUGGAAAUGCCUAAUAAGUCAAAGAAGACAUUAUUAAAGCUUUUUUUUUCUGCAUAAGGUGACAUCUUUGAACUUUUUAACACAGAAUUGACUCUUGUAAUGAUUUUCAUCAGCGCAUCUGCCCUUAUAUUCUCACCAAACACACUUGAGAACUGUAACUUCGUCAAGCACUUUCUGUCCUGAAGCUUUUACCAGUAUCUGCUGUCUUUUGUAAUUAUGCAUCCUAGCUAAGGCACAGAAGACUGAAUGAAUGCAAAGAUUCAUUAACUCUUUGAAUUUGUUAAAUACUAACAGUUAACUAUUAGAAGUGGUUCAAUGAUGUAAGAGUCACAUUGCUUCAACAUUUCUUUGUUGUAGUUUUUAAAUUGUCGAUUUUUAGCUAUUUGACAGAUUAAAAGCAAAAUAAUCAUGCCAUAUUUAGUCCUGGAGUUCAAGUCUAAAUGUUUAUGUGAAGAAUUAUUGUAGUAAACUUUUAAUAUGGCAAAGCAACCUUAAGCUCUAUUUUAGCCAAAUGAAACAUAAUCUGAGAUUAUAUUAGAACAUUUUCCUUGUCUUUAAAUUGUUUGGUGUAACAGAAUAUUGAUAUGCAGCUUGGUGGAUUUCACCAGUUAAUGCACAUUCUUCUUUCCUCCUUCCCCCAAUAAUAUGUAAACUGAAAAAUGUGCAUUUGUCUGAGGAAUUAUUUUGUUUGCUACCACUUAAUGAAUCUCAAAAUUUUGAGUAAAUGUACCUCAGUCUAAUCAGACUUUUUAUGACCUUUAUAACUACAUUUAAAAUCCUUAAUUCCUAUUUCUGGGUGUUUGCGAGCCUGAUUGCUAUCAUGAAGUAAACAUUUAUUACUCUAGGUAUUCACUAGCUAAAUAAACAUAGUUCUUGUUUAGCAAGCAUAUACUGUUCAACUCUUUUCUCCAGCUUUUGCAGUGUCCUGGCAUCCUUAAAAUACUUUGAAAAUAUGGCCUUGAUCCAUGGAUUAAAUCAGUAUCUAAGUGAAUGUGUUGAUGUUUUAUUGAUCAGAUCUAUAUAAAUGGGAAUACAGCAUAUAUCUGGAUAUUCUUAUAGUUAUCUUUUUAACAUCUUAUUUUUUUCAUUAGUUACAUAUCAACAUUAAUUUUGUGUCUUGAAGCAAAUUGAUUUUGUAUAAUUAAACGUGUCAUCUGUAUUAAUUGAUCUGAUGGCAUAUGGUUAUUAAGAUAAUGUACUGCCCCUUAUAUUACUGUUCCAAAAGGAGAAAGCUAUGUAGAAAGAUAUAAGGGUGAAAUAAGGGUGAAAAUAGCAAUACAGUAGAUUUGAAUACCUUGGUGUUUUGCAUUACUGCAUUUAUGUUUACAUCAUGUUUAGAAACCUUUUCAUUUACAUUUACAUAUUUGAUCACUUCAGUUCAAAAUUUAGUGGCAGAUAUUUCUUUGAGUUUUUCAUUUAUAUAAUUUUUUUGUACAAUGUUUUCUUAAAAUGUGCAAAUGCUGUAUUCAAGUGAAAUAAAAUACAGUAUUUGUAGAUAAUCGUAGCUAUUUCACAGGUCUUUGGUAGUCCCAUUGUAGUUAUAUCAGUGUUUACUGAAGGGAACAUUAAAAUAUUAAUGGUAUAUUACAAAAUAAAGACUUUCUUAAAGGAAAGUUGCACCUAUUUUACCUUUUUAAGAGUAAGCCAUGAAAUCUUAUCUUGUGACAUGUCUCUUAACUAUUUAUAAUAAAAAUUGGCAUUUGGGUAUAGUAACCACAGCAAUGUUCUACAUCCCUAAGAUUAUAUAGGUAGGACAUGUCAAAGAUGACUGUAGUCACUCUGGAGGUCCUAUUAGAGAACUGUAAAGGGAGACCUCAUAGAAAGGAUAUGAGUCCUCACUCUGAGGUUCACUUUUUCUGGUGCUUUAUUAGCAACUCUGAAUAUUUUUAUAAAACUAGUUACAUUAUAAAUGGAUUGAGUGUUUGAUUUACAUUUGGUUUUUAUGUAAGAAGUGUCACAGAAACACGCAGCAAGCGGGCUGAUUGCAACGGCAGACUCGGAAACGUCUAAUGUAAUUGAGUAGUCUGCUCAUCGUGAGGUGUACAUCCCAGUGCCUUUAACCUGGAUUUCUAAUAUCAAGUGAAAUGGGUGCAGCAUUCCUUUGGAAAUAAAAACUUUAUCUUUUCAAUCGGUAAUUAUUUUUUCCAUUUUACGAUUUCUUCAGAGCACCUACUUUCUCUUCCUCCUUGGUCUAUCAAUAUAUUGCAAAAUGUUUUCCCUCUAAAUGAAAUGAUCACAGGUUGUCUAAAUAGCACAACUAACUGAAUGUUUAACUGUAGCGACCAAAAAGGAGAGAACCUGGGCUCCACAGCAGGAAACACAUAAUCAAAUGUUUGAAUAAUCACAAAUUAAGACAUGCCCAGGAAAUUUCUUGCUUAAUAUUUUUCCAAGAUUUGGUUUGAAUGUUUCUUAUUAAAGUUAUCUUAAGUGAGUAUUUUAUUUUGGAAGGUAUAAUAGUUUGUAUAUUUAACAGUAAGGGGGAAAAUGUAACCAAAAUUAGUAUUCUGUCUCUAUACUUAUUGGUACUUGAAGAUUCCUUUCAAAAGAAACCCCAGCCUUUUCAUAAUUUCAAUACUUAAUUCCUCAUUUUAACUUGUGAUCUUUCUAAUUCAAAAGCUGUUCUCUUUUUGAAUACCAUGCAUGGAGGUUAAGCUGAUGAUAAAAUGGUUUGCAAUAAAAAAGAGUCAGCUUAAGUCAUUUAAUCAUUUCAAGUGCUUUCUGCAUCCUAUAAAAAGUUUGAGACAUUUAAGAGAAUUGUGUUUUCAUUAAGUUUUGCAUAUCUUUUGUUAUGCCAUGUAAAUUCCCUUUUUCGUAUGAUUACAGAAAGGUUAUGAUAAAAUGAUUAUUAGUUCAUUUAUAUUCACUUGUAGCAAUUACAUGAGAAUUUGAAUUUUGUCAUGUUUGGGUUUGUUCAUUCCCGUGAAUGAUGGUACAGAUAGGUGAGCUUUUCUGUUAUGGUACCCAAACUCACCAUUUGGUCCUCUUUAAUCUUUGAGGGUUUCAAUAAAAAUUGUUCACUCGUA